CUUCGCUGUGGCUCCAGGGGCGGAGACUUCAUAGAGCAGCAAAACCAACAAGAGCUCACUGCACACUGAGAUAAAGACCGAGGGCUGAUCAUCAUGAGUUCAACUCAAGACAUAUUUUUUAAAACCAAACUUCUCCAGCUGGAAUGUCAUUUCACCUGGGCUCUAAGAAAAGAGGAUACAGAUCUGACUGAUCUUCUGAACAGGCUGGAAGACCAGAUUAACUUUGACCUUGGAAGGAAGGCAGGAGUUGCACGCACAUACAACUCCAUUGGAUUUGUGAAGUAUCUUCUGGGGUCCCAUGAUGAGGCUCUAAGUCACUUUCAAAGAUCUGUAGAGCUAACAAAAGAAUGCCAUGGAGAAGACUGUGACAAGCUGCUUGUUGUUCCCUAUGGAAACCUCGCGUGGUUGCACUAUAAUAGAAAAGAUUAUGAAGAGUGCAAAAGUUACCUGGAUCAACUGAAGGAGAUCAAAGAAAAAUACCCCCCUGAUUCUACCUCUGUCCCUUAUCCUGAAGUGCUUGGAGAAAAGGGGUGGACCUUUCUCAAGUUUUCUCGCAAGUACUAUGAAACAGCUAAAGAGUGCUUCAGGAAGGCCUUGGAGCUGGAGCCAGAAAAUGGUGAAUGGAAUUCUGGUUAUGCCAUUGCUCUGUACCGCACAGAAAUUGAGCGCUCCAAUCCUACAGAUUCACCCACAAUUAAGCAGCUGAGACGGGCCAUAGACAUGAACCCAGACGAUGAUGUUCUUAAAGUUCUGCUGGGUCUGAGACUGACCACUUACAAGAAGUACAACGAGGCUGAGAGCCUAGUGGAGAAAGCAUUAGAGAACUCUCCAGAACAUCCACACGUGAUUCGGUAUGUUGGGAUGUUUUUCAGGCACCAAGGCUCUGUGGAUAGAGCCAUCGCUUUGUUGAAGAGGGCACUGGAAAGGGUGCACGACUCAAGCUUCAUACAUCAUCAGCUGGCGCUCUCAUACAAGAAAAAGAAUAUCAGUUUGUAUCGUGCAGGAAGCCACCACAGCAAGAGUGCUGAAAUUCAGCGGGUUCGUAAUCAGUGCAUCUACCAUUUAGAGAUGGCCACCACAUUGAAGCCCUCCUUCAUCUUGGCUAUGUGUGAACUGGCUCUGCAGUAUGGAGAGAAUCGGGAUUUCUCAAAGGCAGAGGAGCAGUUUCAGGCUACAUUCCAGGUAGCUAAAGAACAAAAUGAUGCCUGCCAGCUGGUUACUUUCUGUUAUGCAGAAUUCCAGAAGUACAGUAUGAGGUGUGAGUCUCUGGCCAUCAAACACUACAUCCAGUGUUUGAAGAUGGGUCCAGAUACAAGUGAAGGGAGGAGAAGUGCUGGACAUCUGAAGAGGAUUGCAGAGAAAAGAAUCUCCAGGAAUCCAAAGGAUGCAGAAGCAUUUGGAAUACUGGGAUUCAUCCAUAAGGAAAAGGGAGAGAAACGCCAGGCCAUAGAGUGCUAUGAAAAAGCUUUGAGCUAUGAAGACAAUGAAGAGUACCUCAGUAAUCUUUGUGACCUUAGGCUUUCUUUACAGUAACGUUAUAACUUCAUGCCUAUUCACAUAUUCUUGGGGUUAUAUUAAUAUAAUGGUGUCUCUACAAUAUAUUUACUGUCCUUGGACCAUUGCAGAUUAUCUAUAGCUCAGCUCACUCAAAUUGUACGCUGGAUUGAGUUUUGCAUGUGAUUAGUUGAUGAUGUUAAAUGAAAUUUCACCCUGCAAAUAGAAAACUGCUUGUUGAGUCAUAUAUGUUAUAUAGUAGAAGUUCUUAAGUUGUUUUUUUACUUACUCUGCACUUUAUGUUCAAAAAGCACUUUCUAUUGAUUACUCAAGGUCUAGAAUCCAGCAGAGUUUAAAUUGUGCUGCACUUUGGCCCUCCAGGACCAAAGUUGGGCACUUCUGUCUUAUGAGUAAAAUGAAUAAAG